AAUCAAGCGUGAGGAUGCACAAAGCCACCAAUUUUGGUCCAGAAUUGAGAGUUGUCAUCUUUGUACAAUCCCUUUCGAAAAUUCUUCGAAUCCAUUAACUAUUAUCCCAACACCCACAAUAAAUUUCAUUCCAAUUCUUGGUUGACAUUUCCUAGAACCAAAUGCCCCUGCCCCCUGAAGAAAAAAAAUCCCAUGAGGCUGCAGAUAUGCCAAAGUUUGUUCAAAUAUACAUAACACCCCGCUGUAGUUUGAACAAUCACAUUCACCUCCCUUUUGGUUUUACAAAUAAUCUCUUCAAUUCAAUUGAAUCAGAAAACAAAAGAAACAUAGGAGUUUUGAAUGGAGGUGGUCGCGAAGCUGCCGGAAAUUCUCAGCGUUUUUGAGUCUUCUCUUUCCCAAAUUAAAUGGAAGCUGCGUCCUUCUGCAAAGCGUCGGCUCGAGACAGAUGUUUUGGCAUUGAUCACGGAGAUGAGGCCAGUUGUAAUGGUAGAUUAUGGUGGAAAGAUGCCUGAAUUGCAAGAACAGCUUUGUUCUUUUCUUGACAGCUGCCAAAAGGAGUCACCUGUUUUUGAGCUUCUGAAAGUCAUGGUUAUAGAGGAUAUGAUAUAUUUUAUUCAUGCAAGAGCACUUGCAGAAUUUGUAAAGUCAAGUUUAAAUUUGGAAACAGAAGUGGUUCUCAUUGAUGUUGAACAGGAUCCUCCAAAGAUGAUGGCACAAAAUUAUAAAAGCUCUGCAGCUGCAGAAUUUCUAUCAAUUCAGAAGAAGUUUUAUUCUCUCUUUCAUUCGAAUCCAGUGAAAAGGGAUCUCUUGCAAUGUGAAGGGACUGAAACAAGGACUGGUACUGGGACCUCCAACUCCACUGGGGUAAUUGAUCUCAGCAGCUGGAUUCAGGAAACUGAGGUCACAAUUCCAGCCAUUAAUGGAUGGCUUCUUGGUUAUCCAGUGGUAUACUUGUUCUGCAAGGAACAUAUUGAGGACGCUGUAUGUAACCUCUCCACCAAGUCCCUAAAUCUAUAUCAAAUUUUUGUUAGCAGGAGUGGGAUACCUAGUAGAGGAGCUCAAUGUGAAGAAUUAAUGAGAGAUGCCAAACUACUAGCUCCAUUCAGCCUCUGCAAGUCACCUUAAAGAAACUGAAGACUUGUAAACUACAGUGUUACUUUUGACAAAUAUAGCCUCCUUGAACACUGCAAUUGAUUGAUCAACUUGUGAGCAUUCAUGAGUGAUAACAUGGCCUCCGUCCCUUGACUAAAUUUUGAGUUGCUCAUUUCUGCUUCUGUUUUUGUAACAAGUCAUUGAAAUAAAAUGACAUCUGAAUAAUGUAAACAGGUUCAUGUAACAUUGAUUCCCUGAAAUAGGAAUAAAAUAGCAACUAAGAUAAGGGUUGAAGGCGGGGGAUCCAAUAACAGCUACAAGAUUUUCUAGUGAGCAAAAGUUAUAGAAGUUACUCUUGGUAUUUCUUCUUGUUGCUUCAGCAAUUGUUACCUUGCAUAGAAAGUAGUUCUUGGUGAGCUUGCUGUGGAACGAAUCAUAAGAGUGAUUUUUAUGAGUUUUAAAUUAUCUGCAAAAAAACCGUUAAGCUUUGGUUUCAAUAUGAGUUUGUUAUGGCAUCACUUAAUUGUCACUC